CCAAACAUUACCUGGAGUAUAUAGGCUCGAUAAUCCGAAUGCACCGAGAACUGAGAGUGCAGACAUGGCUUUACGAUACUUGGUUUCGUUGUCUUUGGCGGUCGCAGUUCUGGCCGACCAGACCUCACACGUCAGCAUUAGUCUUGGUGGUGCUCCUGCCGUCAGCCAUCACAGCUCUCACCACGCACGGACUUCAUACCACCAUCAACCUACAUACCACACACAGCCCUCAUACCAUCCACAACCUUCCUACCACCCUGCUCCCGCUUAUCACCCACAGCCUUCCUAUGAGCAUGAACACGAGCCUGCUGUGCCAGAAUGUGCUGCCAACACAACCAAAUCAUGGUGCCUCCAAGACGACCACUAUCCCACCUACGAGAUCAAACAUGCAGCCGAGUAUCACUAUGAGAAGCUCCUCUCCCUCUAUGCUGACGUAGCCGACCUCAACACUGAGCAGUCUGUGGACCGGCCAAACAUCCUGGAUGAGGAAACUUACUUGUGCCCAUCAGAGACCGCUUACAUCAGGCCCCUUCGCGCCCAGAACACCGAGGGAAAAUGGCGUGUCGUUGUAAACAAUAUCGAUGCCCAUUAUCAGACUCUCACUCAGACUACACGCAUCGAAGAGUGUCUCACUUCCGGCGAUGCAUGUCCUCUGGUGCCUGACUGCUACGAGUCCAAGUGUCUGCAGAAGUCCAUCUACCACCGCUUCCUUGUCUACGACCCCUAUGAUCAGUACUUCCCCUUCGCCAUCGAGACAUUCAAGCUUCCCGCCAGCUGUGCUUGUCUCUUGGGUGCCUACACCAUCGAUCAUUAAUCAACAAACACAUGAUUUCAAGCCACACAAGGGUCAUCUUCCUGCGGUAACAUCGAUAGAAAUGAUAACUGAUUUCAAAUGCCAUGAAAAUCCCCUCUCUUGUGAAACAUGAAAAUAAAUAUUUUACGUA